GGGGUAAUAAGUUGGAAUACCUGAUCCGAUGGAGGGGCUACGGACCAGACGAAGACUCGUGGGAAUCCGAAGAGAAUUGCAGGAGCGCACCUCAAGUAGUCCAAGAAUUCCAUCAACGGUACCCCUUGAAGCCUCGAACGCCGACCAAGACCAAGUCCGCAAGACACCCCAGACAUAGGAAGGGGGCUUAGGAAGAGGGUGAUGUAAUGGGCACGCGGACAGGGAGCUCCGGGACGACCCGGAAGGCAUCCCGAGGGGGCUUAGCCCGCGCCAAGGAGCGCAGGCAAGCCGGUCCGCUACCCCCCAGGGAUGUAAAUGCAAGGCGUCGCCCGCCGAAAAUAAACCGGCGAGACGACAACACCGUCCUUCGCCUAGUAAACCAGUCGUUACCCGCUCACUCCAGUCCGUCCGCUCUCGUCCAGUCCCCAGUCCUGUUACAGGGCAUAUGUGCCGUGGCAAUGAGUGAUGGAGUGGUGGCAUGGAGGGCCCGUGAUCCUCGGUGGAAACGGGUAGUGGCACUUGCGCACUACAUGACCGUGAUCCCACUCCAUAUCCUGGCUCGGCGCUGGGUAUGGGCAGGUUGGGAGAGGUGCAUCCUUCCUGGCUGCUCACACAGCACAUUAGAGGCUGGGCAGCGGGAGGGUCGGGCAGGAAAUCGAAGGAAACCCCCAUGUCGAGGGUGCACACACCUUCUUCCAAUCCUCUUCCAACCCGCUCACAAGCGACGACGUUUCACUUCCGAGUCUCUUACGAGUUUUCAGCCCCACACCAUGUUUAUCGAGCGAGCUUCACUUCCGAGUCUCUUCCGAGUCCACUCCAUGAAUGCGAGCGUGGGCCCCAAAUCCUUCCCGGCCAGGAAUAUCUUUUAUUUUCUUGGAAAUUUUUGUUUUUCUUCUCCAAUGCCCCAACCGCCCCCCAAAAGAGCUUCUCACUCCAUAUUCACUUCCAAAUCACUUCCGAGUGAGUUCCGCGGUGGUAUUCUCUCCAUGUUUUCAGUGUGAGAUGAUAAUAAUAACACACUCCAUGAAAAAUUCCUCUUCCGAGUCUCUUCCGACCACUCGAUACGUCUCUUCCGAGUCUCUUCCGAAUCUUCUGGGCCAUGGGUGGUACCGAGAGCGCGGAGCGACGGGGGGACGUAUACGACUGGCCUGGCAUCACAUGCAUUGGGCGGCGGAAAGGCGAAAGA